ACUCCUGAAGAGCUGAUAUCGUAUAUCAUCGCAACUAACAAUGGCUUGUAAGCUCGGGUGGUCUCCUCUCCUCCCCAUUCUCCUCCUGGCCGGCAUGGCUGGCAUCUCCCGUGCGGGCAACAUCGCCGUCUACUGGGGCCAGAAUGGAGGCGAGGGCACCCUCGCCGAUGCCUGCAACUCCGGCCUCUAUGCGUACGUGAUGAUCUCCUUCCUCAGCACCUUCGGCAAUGGCCAGACCCCGGCCAUCAACCUCGCCGGACACUGCGAUCCACCCUCCAACAACUGCAACGUCUUCAGCUCCGACAUCACGACGUGCCAGUCCAACGGCGUCAAGGUGCUCCUCUCCCUCGGCGGCGGCUCCGGCAACUACGGCCUCUCCUCCACGGAGGACGCCCAGAGCGUCGCCACCUACCUGUGGGACAACUUCCUCGGAGGCAGCUCGGCUUCGCGCCCGCUCGGCGACGCCGUGCUGGACGGCAUCGACUUCGACAUCGAGACCGGCAACCCCGCGCACUUCGACGAGCUGGCCACGUUCCUGUCCCAGUACAGCGCGCAAGGUAAGAAGGUGUACCUGACGGCGGCGCCGCAGUGCCCGUACCCGGACGCGUCGCUGGGGCCGGCGCUGCAGACGGGGCUCUUCGACGACGUGUGGGUGCAAUUCUACAACAACCCGCAGUGCGAGUACCCCGGCGGCGACCUGCAGGGCGCGUGGAACACGUGGACAAGCAGCGUGAAGGUGUCUGGGAGCUUCUACCUGGGCGUCCCCGCCUCGACGGCCGCCGCCGGGAGCGGGUACAUUUCGCCCGCUGACCUGACGUCCGCGGUGCUCCCCGGUGUGAAGACCGCCGGCAACUAUGGUGGGAUCAUGGUCUGGGACCGCAACAACGAUGUGCAGAACAACUACAGCAGCCAGGUGAAGGAUAGUGUCUGAGCUUUCGCGGGAGGGCGACUGCGCGACCAUGGAUUACACUUGCUCAAUCGGUCGAAUAAAUACCUUAGUUAUCGACUUAUCGUAUACUACAACACAUGCUCAUGCAGCGGGCGAGCG